GCGGAAGUCGAUAUCGGGGAACUGGAAGACGAACACGGGUUCGGCGAUGCUGGAGCAGAUCCAGAUGACGGAGCGGUACAAGCUGUGGGUGGACGAGGUGGCCGAGCUGUUCGAGGGCCUGGACAUCUGCGCGCUGGAGAUGAUCGUCGCCAAGGACGGGCGCGAGUACAUCAUCGAGGUCAACGACAGCGCCCUCACCCUCAUGGGCGACUCCCAGGAGGAGGAUCGACGCCACAUCGCCGACCUCGUCGUCCAGCGCAUGGCCGGUCUGUGUCAUCCGCCCCUGACGAAAGCAAUGUCACGAAGCUCUAUUUCCGGGUCAACAGCCACGCAGUACGUCGAAGACGAGAGGGGCGGGCUCACCGAUAUCUCAGGGGCCAGCCAGCAGCCGCGACGAGACUCACAAGCGUCUCAGAGCAGCACGAUGAGCAGCGUGAGCCAGCAGUCGAGCAGGCGAGCGGAGGACGCGCAGAGCCAGCGAGCCGCGUUCGGGCGCCAAAGUUCCACGACGGGCAGCGUCACGGGGCCCGCCCCCGGAGCCCCCGGCGGCCCCACCGGCGAGGACACCGAGGACACCAUGAAGAACCUCCGCAAGACCUUCGCCGGCAUAUUCGGCGACAUGUAAUUCCACCCCAUCCUCCAAGUAGCAAUCAUCGCCAUGACCGGCUAUUUUAUCCACGUUAAUUUAUUCCAAAAUCAUCCAAACCAAAUAUCGCCAUUUUUACGCAAUUUUUCCCGAUAAAUCUCUCUUUUAUCGAUGCCCAUUUUCGCCGAGUAAAUUGCCAUGAACUGAGCAGAUCAAAUCGCGAUUAACCUUAAAAUGACGGACGUGGUUCUUUCAGACCCUCAUAUGGAGAGUUUUGACAAACGCAAAGGACUCUUAAAACAUGUCAGAUGCGAAGGCAUUGAAAUUAGGGAAGAAAGGAGGAGAAGGAGUAGAGGAGGAAGAAUAGAAAAAAGUGGUAGAAUGAAGUCAAGAGAGAGAAGGGGUGUAGGUAGAAAAAAAGGAGAGGAACAAAAAGAAAAAAAAGAAGGAGAUGAGUAUAUUUUUCUUCUUCUUUUUUACUCUCUUCAUCUUCUUCGUCUCGUGUCUUCUUCUCCCACUUCUGCUUUAUAAUGCCCAAGAAGUAGGUCAGAAGUUCUAAGCUUUUGCACAUAUGCUUUAUCAAAAUUCUCCAUGUUAGGAUCUAAAAUACGAAGUCCGUCAGAGUGGAUUCAAAUGGCGAGUACAUAAAUCGAUAGGAAAAAUUAUAAUUUUUUGGCGAUGAAGCGGUUUUAAAGUCGGUUUAUCAUCACCAAUUAUUCUUUCAUCAAAAAAUGCUACUGGGGUCCUCGCGAUACUUAGUUAACCCGCUCGUUUUUGAGAGGGCCAGAAUGCUGAUUCAACUUAUAUGCUAAUAAUAAGCCCUGAAAAAGUCAAACCAUCAGAGAUUCGCAAUUCAAAGUUCAACCGAGUUUAAAUCGUGUCGACCUAUGAUAUUCCAUUUGAAAUCCUUUUAAUCAGGGUAAGUCCCUAAAUAGGGGAAGCGGUAACUGUCGCUUUCAACGACGACAAGUCCCCGAUACGCGUUUCCAACAUCACGCGUCGAGUAGUUACAUCCGAAUUCAUGUCGAAUUGGAUUCCUCAAGUAUAUGCAAUAAAUCGCUUUUGUAAUAAAUAUUUUUGUUUACGAGCGAAUGUGUUUCAAGCUCGGUUUCAAUGAGGAAUUUCUCUUGCGAUCAGCAAAAUGAGAGCUAUAAGUACUUAGCAGCAGCUCAGAUCUACCUUUUCAAAAUAGAUGAAAUGUAACUCAAAACCCUAUUGGCUCUCACUUUCACCAUAAGUUCAAACCAGUGAAAUUUUUAAUUGAAAAUUCGUCCCCAUAAAAAUGUGAGAAACCUUAAUCGCACCACAGUGGGGUUACCCUAUGUACGCGUCCAAGCUAUACUCCUUCUGAAAGCACAAUGACACUUGAAAUAAUUUUUGAAAAUAGCUCUUUAAACCAUAGAAUGUUAAAAAAAUGUUACUGACAUGGGGAAGAAACUUUGAGGAAAAACAAGAGGAAAAAACUGGGGAAAACAUUUUGCAACUCUGCUACUUUUAAAGAGAUAAAUUUCUAUGACGUACAAGCGUUUAAAAAACGUUUUAAAGUCAUUUUUACUGAUCAUUUUGAAAUCGUUUCUGAAAAUUUUGGGAAGAUAUUUUGGAUGUAAGUAGGUUUGUAGAAAUAAUUUCUUAGAGUAAACGAUAGAUGAAACGUUUUUAAAACGUGCUAUAAGGGAGAGGAGUCUUCAGGUUUCGAUUUCCAUAAGAUUAUAAAACAUGAUGAUUAAUUAUGUUUCAAGUUGUAUCUAACACCCUCCCCUUCUUUGCUAGGUUACAUUUCAUAACUUUUUGAGUACACGGGAUGAUCAUCUUAAGGCUGCUGAUGGGCAUGUGAACACAUUCGCUGUGAUGCAUUUAUAUAAUUAAUUAUUACGAUACACUUGAAGAGUGUGUUUGAAAUAUAUUUAAAAUGUCAGUUAA